AUGUGGUCCAGUGAGGCCCCACCCGGGGGACCACCAGAGUUUCCAACGUUUCCGCUGCCGCCCGGUAACAACGGCGCCGCACAAAGCAGAUCGUAUCUUGCAGAAACGGGGCUUCAGGGUGUGGCGGCACAAUAUCCCUCCGAAUCGCCCAUUUUUCUUCAGGAGGCGCAUACGCGGCGGGAGGAAUACGCUAACGAGGCCGUUCAGGCCACGGCAGAGCACUGGAUACAUGAACAAGCACAGCGUGAGAAAAUGAGGCAGACGGCCAGAAUGGAAACCGGUUUUGUGUUUGGAGAGACGACUGGGAAGGAGGCGGAAGAGUGCGAGGGCUCUUUGGAAUUUGUGACGGGGCCACCAAAAUUUGUUGGGAGAAUAAUCUUGCUGUUAGCAGUGGGUCUCUUUGGAGCCAUCCCUCUAAUGUCCCCCUUCGCAUUAACUGUUUUUCUGACGGGGUGUAUUGUGACAUAUGCCGCGGAUUUUGCAGGCUACCGUCGCGGUUGCAUUAUAGCGAUCAUAGGCACAAACGGAUUAUUUGGACUGUCUCUGUUUUUGUCUAACUUACAUGCCUCCAUUUCAAGUGUGGGCCCUUUAUGUAUGCUUUUGAGCCUGCUGGGAUUACUCCUUAUGGCAGCCAUGGCCGCAUUUCUGCAUUUUCAUUGGAUGCAAGUUUCUUUUCCGGAGCUAAUAUGUUUUAUGGAACGCUGCGUGCUUGGUGUGACCCCAAUUCUUACAUUGCCUUCUUUGUUGUCUACCGUCACGGCUUUGGUCGGAUCUCGGCACGCUCCUGCCUGGUUUAUGGUAGCCAUGUGUGUGCUUCACAAGAGUUUUUAUGGCCCCUUGGAAAGUAGCUUCCUUACGCGGCGAAGACUUGUUCGACUACGGCAGGAGAAUGACAAUGCCCCUGAAAAUGAAAUGGUAGAAGAAGUGGAGUCGGUGCAGGCGAACGGAAGGGCCGAGGCGAUAGCAUUUACUUCGCUGUUGGUGUACCUCCCGUUCUUGCUGUAUAUUUUAUUUCAGAGCAGUUUUAUCGAUGCAUGGCUGCCCAAUACUCUCAAUGCAGUUGGCAUGAUCUGCGGACCGGUUGCCUACAUCUGCUGGGAUCCGAAGCAUAGCCUGUGGUUUCUGAUAUCAAAGAAAAAGAGUUUGCGAGAUCGAAUUGGGUACGAUCCUCUCGGAGUACAUGAGACCGUCAGCAUGUAUCGUAAACCAUUUCUCAUUUUGAGUGUGGCAGUCAGUUUGCAUUGGUCUAUCUAUCGCCUACUUCAUUCCCGUUACAGAUUUUUUUUUAAUGGGGUUCCUCCGCCAUUUAAUGGUGUCUGUUUGGCUUUUGCCAUGUACUUGGGAUUGUACGCGGGGUAUCAAAUAAAGACGCUACUGGAUGCAGACACGCGGGGGGAAGAUACACUUUCCUCUCGAUAUAUGAGACGACGUGUAUUUUCAGUAGGAGCAACCGCUUUGUCGUCUGUUUUUUUUGCACUGAGUGCGGGCGUCCCCGGGGCUUUUAUGGUUCUCAUGGUGCUCUGUGUGUCGUCCUUCAACCUUUUUCUGCUGGAUCGUACAAACAGCGGACCAAUGGUGUCAUUCACCGUUUUCUCGAGUCUUCUGCUUAUGUGGUGGAUGUACCGCAUGUUUUCGUUUAUUGUUGUCGAUUUGCAUGUACUUGGGGAGUCCCUGACCGUUCCAACACCUGUGUUGGCGAUGAGUGUACUGUGGUGCUACUUGCUCAGUUGCGUCGCGUUUACCUUGUCAUUUUCAACGAACAAAUUCCCGUUUGUCAUUGCCUUAUUUGUCCACUCUUUGCAGGUGGCAUGGGUGGAACACGUGCUGUACUCUCAGAAGGAGGAGAAUGUCUACCCCGCGGUGCUGGUGUUAUUCACAACUGCCGUCGGUGUCCUGUUGGCCUCGCGGCUGUAUAAAAAUGAGACACUUGGAAUACACGAGGCUGCCCUCAUCGCGGCAUCGUACGUUGCAAAGCUGCUGACAUUUGUGGUGGAGGUGACGGGGUCAUAUUACCUCGCGGAAUCGUCGGAGUCUGAAAAGCGGUAUUACCACGCAAUUGAAAUUUCGGUCACCUGGUGGUCGGCGCUUUUUGCGGGUUUUGUUUUGGUGGUGUUUGAGCUCAAAAAGGGGAGACAACUUGAGAAUCGCUACGCCCGUCAUCUCACGGCGUUAUUUGUGCUCAGCGCUUUGGCACUGACGGCAAGCACAACAAGAAAUUUUCAGCGUGCGGUGUUUGAGUUUUUUGCGCAGACUCGCCUCGCCGAUUCGAACAGUAUUCACGUGAUAUUAGGGACCUCUUUUGUGUUUUUUGGCCUCAUAUCUCACCCAUUCUUUUCCCGUCAUGAAAAUUUGCAUCCAUUCCUGUAUUCCCUGCGGGCCGUGGCGCGUGGUGCUUUAGUGGUGGGCAUUAUUUUUCUCAUUACACAACCCACAAGAAUUACGGAACACGAAGUUGAAUUUGAGUUUGAUCUUGAUUUUGUUGACGAGGAUGUAAGCCGAUAUUGCUCCGUCUUGGGUAUGAUGCUUCUUGUCGCGGGAAGAUUUGUUCCGAUGAAUUCAGUGCACUUUAUCUUUCGUGCUCUCUAUUGGUUUUUCACCACUGUCUUUCUCUCUGUUGGACUCGCCAUGUACGUGCUUCCAGUGCCGACGCUUCUCCUCUUCUGUGGAAUGUGCGGCUUUGUGUACUUCUCAUUACUGACGCUGGACGUUGCACACUACCGCAAAAUGUCUUAUAAUGAGGGGUGGAUUGUUUACGGUGUCUCAGUUUGUUUUAUGUUCUUCUCGUUGGUUAUAACGGGACGCGUGAAUUUGAAGGAGUAUGCGGGAGACAAUCCCCCUUUGGUUUGGGAGAUUUACACAGCGGGGAGAAGUCGUCAACUCUCCGUGGCAGGUGUCACGAGUCUUUUUAUUGCCAUCAUACUGAAGUUUAGGGUGAGCGGCAAGUCCCUUUUGCCCUGUGCGCUACCACUCACCUUGGAGCUAGUGGAGCAGGUGGGGCUGUUGGUGAACUACAGCACCGUCAUCGCAGUGUCCGCCCUGACAACACACAACAUUUGGCGCAACGGCAGUGAGCCUGGGCUACACGUCGCGACAUCUCUUUUUCUUCUUCUGUUAGCAGAUGACGGUGUACUCUUUACGGGUCUGGGACGUGGACAGUUCCGUUACUUCCCUGUGUUAGUCUACGUUCUCAGCGUGCUGUGGCUUUGCCUCAUCUACGACGCGUACGCCUCCGGCCAGACGGCGGUGGGCGGGCUCUGGCAGUGCAUUCGGUCUAUCUUCUACGCGAUGCCGGUCGUCCCAUCACACGUCUCGCUGUUGCUGUUGUUGUGGUUCGGGAGAAAGCGUGGGGGGACGCCAACCUCCGGUGUCUUUGUGUUUGUUGUACUCGACAUGUUGUGCCUGCUUCUCUCAACCCGCAAGACACUUCAGUGGAUGGCGAUUAUCGGCGUCUGUGGGCAAUGCGCUCGUCUUUUUGAGGCGCAGUUCUGGAAGAGGCGACUGGAGACAAUUUUGUAA